AUGUCUAACGAACCAAUACAUUUUGAAAGCUUCAACCAUCUAGCCAAUAUAUUCUACAGCAGCAUUGGCCUGGAUGCCUACGAGAAAAUCGGCGAGCAACGAACGGGAAGACUUGCACAACUGCGCCGUCAAUUGCAACGCAUAUUUUUCUUCAUUACGAUGGCCAAUAUGAAUGUAGCUUUGUUGAGCGAGAUGACUUUCAUAUUUUUGGCUUUCGCAAAUGGCAAUAACUUUGUUGAGGCAACUAUGCUAUCUUCAUUCGUGGGCUUCGUCAUUGUUGGCGAUAUAAAAAUUUUCAGCAUAUGGCGUCAGCAUUCACGUAUUAGCUCAAUGAUGCAAGAUCUCUACGCACUCUAUCCAAUCUCGGUGCGUGAACAGUUGUUCUACGAUGUGACGGGGCAGCUAAAGUAUUACAAUCGAUUUGCAUACGCUUUUGUUUUGUUACACGAACUAUUAGUUUGGAGCUAUAAUCUCUUUCCGCUAUUCAACUAUUUAAUUUAUGAGCUGUGGCUAGAGGUGCGUACCGUAGGCAAAACGAUACCCUAUAACUGUUGGACGCCAUUUAAUUGGCACGAUAAUUGGCUUUACUAUCCAAUGUAUUUGACACAAAGUGCGGGUGGGCAAACUUGUCUCUCCGGACAAUUGGCCAAUGAUUUGCUGCUGAGUGCGGUGGCUGUGCAACUCAUUAUGCACUAUCGCCAGCUGGCCAAGCGCAUAGAGAGUCAUAUAGCUGGCAAUGGCGGCGGUACCGCGACGCGGGAAAGCGAAUAUGUCAGCAGUGCUAUUUACAAUCACAAUUGGUAUGAUGCUGAUUUGCGUUAUAAAAAAAUGUUACUUGUCAUAAUGCAACGCGCUCAAAAGGCGGCUAAAUUACAGGCUACUUCUUUCGUCAUAGUAUCUAUGCCUACAAUGACGGAUGUGAGUGCCAAAUAG